CUCACUUUCUUUCUUUCUUUCUUUCUUUCUUCCUUUUCUUCGUUCGUUUCCAUCAUCAAUAUUCCACAGUACUGCCCAACAAUCAUUCCACACCCGUUCCAUCGCCCACGAACGUGCCAGCGGACGCCUCCACGUUACAUCCCCUCACGCUCACACCCGCACGCCUUGGCCCGGUGACAACCCCUUACACAAUCCACCGUUCACUGCCUGGCAUGACUCUGCCUAUCAGUACACCAGUCACUCUCGCUUCCAGUACAGCUCAACAUUCGCACUACUAAAUCAACACAGCACUACAUAUGCCCUCCUAUCCUCAGCCAUCCCCAAACAAACAUGUCCCGUUCCACCCUACCGUCCACUCUCCUUCCCGUCCCCAGCACCACCCUCACUUCACACAUUCUCGAUCCCUGACCCAGUCCUCAACCCCACCCUCCCCAUCAAAGUCGCCCAAGAAAAACCUGGGAUUGAUUGUUAACACUGCAGCGGAAAGUGGAAGUCUCGGGGCUUCUCCGACCUUGCACCGCAGGAUGAGCAAGGGAAAGGAACGUGAAAUACCUAGGCAGAAGGAGAGGGAGCGUUCAUUGCGAGAAGUGGGCGAAGUGGGAAGUGCGACUAUCAGCCUUCGGGUUGGGGCUGUAGAAGGUUUGGAAGAAGAAGAUGAUGAUGAUGCUGAAUGCUCUACCCAACCACCGCAAACUCACCCUUCAUCCUUGCCACAGUCUCAAAGCUAUCCCAUACGGCUCUUAUCCACAUCCAUUACCCGUCCAAACAAACCUCGUCGUGGGAGAAGCAACUCUCUACAUGCUCCCACACGUCCCACCUCUCUCGACCGUUCAUUCUACCUUUCACACUACUCUCUCGAUAAGGAAUACUCACUUCCCCGAAAGGAAAAGGGUAAAGAUAAGGAUGGAAGAACCCCGAAGCUGGAGCUUGGGCUUGGUGAUGAUUUCAAUACUUCUUUUGGCGAAGCAUUGCGUCUUGGAAAUGAGGGCAAAGAGCUGCCUCUUCCUAAAGAGGCUCUCAUUAUGCUCUCACAAGCCAAGGAACAGAUCGGAUCGGCCACCAAAACGAAGCAAGGGAGGAAGGGGAGUAUGGGGAUGGGAUUGUUCAAAGAGAGUCAUGCAGCUGCAAAAGUCGAUUUAAAAAAGAAGCCCGAAGAGGAAGCUAUCGAAGAAGAAGAGGAUGACCAUAGCGGCCGAGGUUCAUCCAUCAAAACGAGGUCGAGAGCAGAGACCAGAAGCUCGCGUAGCACUCUAAUGAGUGAACCAACGAUCGUCGGGCCAUCAGUCGCACCAACUUCACCUCUACCUAUUCGUGGGUCUAGGCAGAGCAGUGAUGGCGGCGAUAUCUCACCUGUUGACCACUCUCCUGUUGCUACAAGUGCUGGGUUGGCUUCGCCUCAGCAGCAAUUCGAGGAUCUUGAGGAGCAAUUUGAUGAAGACGAUGAAAGCUGGACAACCACGAGCACCGAGUCGUUUACCUCGGACCCUGAAGAGGAAGGCAGAGAUUGGAUGAGUGAAGUAGAUUAUGGGAGUGAAGAAAGAGAAGAGGAGGAGAGGAUGACGGUGCCAUUACAACCAUUUAGCCAUGCUGUUGGAGGCCACAGCAGCAUCUACAAGUUCACCAGACGUGCAGUCUGCAAACCUCUUGUGAGCCAUGAAAACCUAUUCUACGAAGAAGUUGAACGGCUAGCUCCAGCCCUCCUUGCGUUUAUCCCCCGCUAUCUUGGAGUCAUGGUGGUGAAUUAUCGACGUCAGCGCGCUACUCAAGAAGGAAGCAGCACACCUCUCGACUCACCCUCUGCUGCAUCCCCUUAUCCAUCUCAUCCUUCUACCCCGGCUGCCGCGUCGCGCUCGGAUAAUCAACGAGCUAUGCUCCAACAAGCUAUUACAGGAGCCACCAGCCAAUCUCACACGUCAAAUCACUCUAAGGAACAUGUCGAAAUUCCAGAAGUAGCCUUGGAUUUCAAUCGGCAUGUCGUCCCUGAUUGGUUAUUCAACUGGGAGGAGAAGAAUAAGGGACGAAAUGGUAGACCCUGGGAAACUUCCGAAGAAGAAGGGUCAAGAAGAACAAUGAGACCCUCGUCUGCAAGGUCGCAAGAGUUCUUGCGAUAUGGAUCAGGUUCUCCCGGAAGCUCGUGGCAAUCCUCUUUUGGGAUAUCGCCAAAUCUUCGUGCGUCCGGUCUUGGGUCUCCGGCACUGCCGAAAGCCAUACCAGAGCAUCAAUACGUCGAACCUUCCACUCCUGCACCUUCUCCUUCAACCUCAUUCCAGCAGCGCCAGGGUCAUUUACAUCACACAGCUUCUAGCCCCGUCUUGCCUUAUCGCUCCCAAUUCAACAACUCAAGUACCGAAUGUCAUCCCGGACAUGGCUCACCUCACCCAUUUGGAGGAACUGGAUCCACAACGGUAAACACCAAGUUGAAAGAUCACGUCUUUGCCACAAUCUUGAAAAAGUUAAGGAGAAGAGGUAUAGGGCAUAGGCAAGAUGAUGAGGCGGAUGACGAAGGAGAUGAUUGCAGUUACUCUGUCUCAAGUCGGCGACGAGGAAGGAGUCAGCUUUCCGGAGGAGGAAGCAUGGACCUGAGAGAGCCGCCAGAGGCCAGUGAAGGAAUAAGGCGCACUCAGAGUGGUGGCGUCCUUACUGAGCUAAGAAACAAGUCUAUUCGUGCUCGAACCGGAAGGGAGGACACACGACGAGUCAGGGAAGACUCUGCAGAGCGGGGGAUGUUUGAUAUGGAAGUGGAAGAUGAGCCGCCAUUGGAGAUGAAGCGCAAGGCCAAGGUCCCCUUAGGAAAUGGAUUGCACCCUAUGACGGCCGUCAGGGCUGACUCACAUUCAACCCAUUUGGCGGAAGAUCAACCACCUUUCGGACCAUCCAAACCGGCCUUCUCACCGUCGUCCGCACCAUCUUCUCUCACUGAGUCAAGUCGACUCGGUCAGUCUCGUUCAGGUGCCACGCAGACGGUGCCCAACUCCCCAUCUGUACCCCCCGAUGACAACCCCAGGCAAGAACUGUUCAUCUUCAUGGAAGAUCUCACAGGUCGUUUGAAGCAUCCUUGUGUGCUGGAUUUGAAGAUGGGUACCAGGCAGUACGGUUACGAUGCCACGCCUUUGAAGAAGAGGAGUCAGAGAAAGAAAUGUGAUGCAACUACCAGUCGGACACUCGGUGUCAGGAUGUGCGGGAUGCAGGUCUGGAAUAAUGACACUCAAUCAUUCGUAUCUCAAAAUAAGUACGUCGGACGAGAGAUUAAAACUCCAGAUUUCACCAGUGUCAUCCGUUCAUAUCUCUCGGACGGCGACCGUCUUUUAAUCGACCACAUCCCAGUCAUCAUUCAAAAAUUGCAUGAUCUUGCCGCAAUCAUCCACCAGCUUGACGGAUUCAGAUUUUACGGCUGCAGCUUGCUGUUUAUCUAUGAUGGUGACAAGGAUACUCAAGACACUUAUAGCCGACAUAUGAGUAGUGGAAAAACUUUAGAUGCUUUGGAAGAAGAAGAUGAAGAGGAGAUCACGGAAACGGAACGGGCUCCAACCCAAGCGGACAAGGAGGCUUGGGCUAAUUCCAAUCGCCAGCCUGAAGGAUCUGUCACAGUUGAGAGGGACAAGGUCAGCAAGAAUGGCCGAAGUCGCAGCGCAGACAAAUCAGCCCUUCACUCCUCUCGUUCUCGAUCGCGAGGACGGUCUCCACACCAAUCUACUCACACUCAUCAACACCGCAGGCUUCGAGGUGAAGUCAAUAUCCGCGUUGUCGACUUUGCGCAUACCACCACCGGACGUGACUUUGUCCCUUUUCCUACCGAUCAUGUUGACCCGCCAAAUCUUGGUAAAGGCUACGACACGCAAUUUGACCAGGCAACGGGCAUGGUGAUGGCUAGGUUCCCCCCCAAGCACCCUGGCAAGCCUGAUAUGGGAUUCCUCUUUGGAUUGAAGAGCAUCUGCGAGAGUUUAGAAGAGAUUUGGGGAGCGGAGAAGGGCGAAGAAGAAGAACUGGUGGCUAAAAGGAAUGCCGAUAUUUUCGAUUUGGUGUUUGCCAACGGAGCAGACUUGAGCACUUGAGAGUUUUCUGUGACUCGUAUCAUUAUUAUUGUAGUGCACGCACGCUGGUGAAGAGUCCUACAGCCUUGCGUCCUGUAUAUAAUUGUAAUCGCAUCUUACAUAUGCAUGAAAAUCGAACAACAUCUGGGAAUAUUUUAAGAAAGC